UUUCUUGCAGUAAAAUACUUCCUCCCAGACCUGAGGGCAUCAAAAUGUGGGAGCAGACGCCCUGUCGAGGCAGGGGCUGAGGCCCGGGGAAUGGAGACUCCACCCCGAGGUGGUGGAGCUCACUUUGGAAAACUUCGGUCAAGCUGAAAUCGACCUAUUUGCUUCAGGGGAAUCAACCCAGUGUCCACUGUGGUUCUCCCUAUCUCAUCCAGCACCAUUAUUGGGUCUGGAUGCCGUGGUACAGACAUGGCCGAGGCUGCGUCUGUAUGCAUUUCCCCGUUCGCUCUGCUCCUGGGAGUUCUGGAGAAAGUACGCCAGGAAGGGGUCAGUCUAAUAUUGAUAGCCCUGUACUGGCCAACCAAAAUAUGGUUCUCAGACCUAGUGUCACUUCUAGAUGGCCCCUUGAUGGAGCUUCCUCUCAGGCAGGACCUCCUGUCUCAAGCGGGUGGCAUGAUAAUUCAUCCAUGCCCAGAACUACGGAAACUGUGGGCCUGGCCUCUGAGGGAGCCAGGCUCAUAUAUGUUGGUCUCCCAACUGAGGUUGUGGAGACCAUACUCCACUCCAGAGCUCCCUCCACGAGGAAGUUGUAUGUGGCCAUUUCAGCCAUGCUCCCCUGGGGGAUUCCUCGGUAGGUCGAGACCCCCUUUUUAUACACUUCCUCCAUGGUACUCUGAGGCUGAGGCCUGGGACUUGGCCGUGGUAUUAGAAGGGUUAGCUGAGGCUCCCUUCGAACCACUAGAGGAAGUUUCAGAGAAAUUCCUCACCCUUAAAGACCAUAUUUCUACUGGCUAUUUCAUCUCUUAAAAGAAUAGGAGAUCUUCAAGCACUUUCAGUUGUUCCUUUGUGUUUGGAAUUCGCACCUGGAAUGGUCAAAGCGUUCCUGCACACUAGACCAGGUGCCUAAGGUACCCACCAACGUCCCAGGUGCCAUUGUACUUCAGGCCUUCUAUCUUACUUCGGAUCAGGAGAAACUCAAUCUGCUCUGCCCAGUGAGGGCUUUAGAUGGAUAUGUCCACAGAGCUGCCCUGUGGGGAAAAACAGAUCAAUUGUUUGUGUGUUACGGGUCUCCUAAGAAAGGAGGCCCAGCAUCUAAGCAGAGAAUGAGCAAGUGGGUGGUCGAGGCUAUCUCACUUGCUUAUGAGGCAGCCGGACAGCCAUCUCCAUUAGCUGUCCGUGUCCACUCUACUAGGGGUAUGGCGGCCUCAAAGGCCUUAAUGUCAGGAGUAUCCAUUAAUGACAUAUGUGGUUCAGCUGGAUGGUCAUCUCAGCACACAUUUAUUAGGUUUUACAACCUGGACGUAGGCUCCACUCCGGGGUCCUCAGUUCUGUCUACAAGAUAACAGACAGGUACAGUACUUGGUUCUACGGCGUAGUUGGGACAGUGUUCCCAUAACGUCAUAUGAUGUAGCGUCGACAGUUCCCAUGAAAGGGAACGUCUCGGGUUACUUGUGUAACCCUGGUUCCCUGAAUAAGGGAACGAGACGCUACGUCACGUUGCCGUACCCCCAGCAUACCUGUGAGCGUCUUGCUUCAGCCAUAAUCCAGAAGCUAGCGUUCUUUGUUCUGGGUAUGCUUUAUAGUUUCCUGGUCCAUGACGUCACCUGCCUCUGAUGUCUCGUCACAUUAUUGGUUAGAUACAAGAGUGCUUCACGACACAAUCAUGCAGAGGGUUCCCAUAACGUCAUAUGACAUAGCGUCUCGUUCCCUUAUUCAGGGAACCAGGCUUACACAAGUAACCCGAGACGUUUUCUUUACUAUAACACAAAAUUAUUUCUGUCAAAACUUCCUGGACAAAAGUAGACAUUCAGGUUUAUUUUUGGCAGAUGUCUGGUCCUGAAUUUUUGUCUUUCUUCCAGUGACCUUCAAUUUGUAACUAAAGGCCUCUCGGAGUUUCCAACAUUAUUAAUUCACCAGUUGGAAACAAUUCAAAUAUGUUGGUGGUUCACUCUCUCUUUCAGGAAAGUAAAUGUAAAAAACUCCAACAGACCAUUUUUUCCUCUUUGUUCUUCCUUGUUGCACCUAUUUGACUGAGAGGCCAGAUAAGAUCUCAUUGAGGUGUUUUUUUUUUUUUUUUGUACACAUGUACAUCUGUUUACGUAUGCACAGAAAACCCUGUCUAGGUUGUUUUUUUUAAAUCCAACAGCCUAAAUAAGCAUCCACUCUCACUGCUGCACCACUUUACAUCUGACUCUUGCUCUGAGGAUCUCACACACACAGACACAGAGACAAUGACUCGGGUUUCAGCUAUCGUGAUCGUGCUGAUGGUUGUGGCUCUCAGUGUACUCUCUGCAGAUGCCUCAGCUUUGUCAUGUUGCAGAAGGUACAAUAAAAAAGGAAAAGUACCAAUGCAAAUUAUCAAAGGAUAUUCUAUUCAGGACAUGAGAAACUGCCACAUUAAUGCUAUAAUAUUCCACACAAACGGAGGAAAGAACAUUUGCACAGACCCCACCAAAGCAUGGGUGAUUGACAGCAUCCGUAAACUGAGGGAGAAAGUGCAAGCAAUCAGCAAAAAACAUUCACAAGUAUAAUUUUACAACUUCUGAAGCUAAACAGAUGUUACUACAAGAAUAAUUCCUUAUGGAGGAGGAUCCACUGUUAGACUUUGCUGUAAUUUAAUGCCUCAUUUCCACUGGGCGGUUAGGUUCGGUUCAGUACAGUUCGGUACAAUUCGGAACGGUACACCCCGAUCAGGCUUGCGUUUCUUCUUCUUUGGCGCAUUGCAUCCUGUGUGCAUAUUGCCACCUACUUUUGCUGUUAUGCAGUCAUGAUU